UCCCGCGCUGAACGUACCACUGUGCUUCUUUGCUUUUAACCGUAAAAUGUAUCAAAAUGGUCGUUUCUAAACUCCAAAAAUGCCUUCGUAACUGUAAAGUGACAGAGACUAUAGCGUUAUUCGUCGAACCUAAUCAUCCUAAGCGCUUUUUUAAAUACAGUUGACCAAAGUUUCACGUUCCGCCGUUUGGAACAGUUUAAAACUUGAUUGGACAUUCGAAAUUCGAAAUUUGACUUGACAAUGGCGAGUAAUAAAUACGCGCGUGUUCAUUCUUACGGGAGCAUGAGCUCUAGAAGUGACGACGAUAUGGUGGUGCAUUCCCAACUGUACCCUUAUCCGAAGAAGAUGGUGGUCCAACGGGAGAUUUUGUAUGAAGAAGAGCAUCCUCCAUUCCAGCCUUUAAUAGCCACUGAGAGAUUAUUUGGAAAAGCUCGUUUUACUUUCCUACUGCUGAGCUAUGUGGCGUUCUACUUUGUGUAUCUAAUUUCUGGUGCGUUGGUGUUUUCUGCUUUGGAGGCGCCUAUGGAAAACCAGGUGCGGUUGGAUGUGAUCAGAGCGAAGCAGGAUUUUAUGUUGCGGCAUCCGAAUAUUUUAGCUGAAGACUUGGAAUCGCUGAUCGAAGUGGUGGUGCGAGCGACCAACCAAGGUGUACCGGCAGCGCAGAAUGUGAGCGGCGGACCCAACUGGAGCUUCGGACAAUCUCUGUUUUUCUCUUCUACCGUUAUUACUACUAUUGGCUACGGCCACGUGACCCCCCUCUCCAAGAUGGGCAAGAUGUUCUGCAUGCUAUACGCCUUGCUCGGUAUCCCGCUGACCCUGAUCCUGCUGUCUGCGCUGGUGGAGAGACUGCUGCUGCCUGCUACGGCUUUGCUGAGAACUCUGAACGCUGAGCUUGGACAUCUUUACAGGCCUUUUACGAUACGGCUGGUUCACCUUUCAAUGAUUGUGACGUUCCUGGUGGUGUUUUUCCUCGUAAUUCCUGCUGCGAUCUUCGCGUCCCUCGAACCUGGUUGGGACUACCUGGAUUCGUUCUACUACUGCUUCAUCUCGUUGACUACCAUAGGGCUGGGAGACUACAUUCCUGGAGACUCGCCUGGGCAGGAGUACCGACCGCUGUACAAAGUGGCUACUACUUUCUUCCUCCUGGCUGGGCUAACUUUCCUGAUGCUGACACUAACCGUCUUCUACGACAUCCCGCAACUGAACCUCAGCACCGUCUUCUCUUCCGUGAAACUCGACGAGGACCCAGAGAAGAUGCGUCUCAGCGGCUCCGGCGUCAUGGGCCCUGGCUACGGGAUCGGGGGACUUGUCAUGAGGGAUGACUACAACCACCACGACCAGCGCCGGUCCGUCGUACACAUCCGGCCGCAUUUGGACGACAGCCCUAGCCCAGAGGAUACCACGCCUGUCCAUGCUAGGGAUAUGAGGGUGCCUCAUGUCCAUUAAACGGUUACGUUUGACUUGCGUGGCAAAAUUAGCAAAUUUCAACCAAAAGGCAGAGGAAUCUUGAACAGUAAAAAGACAAAGCACGGAUUGGAGAAUCAGAUUUGUUUAUAUAUACCCUUUUGUUUACGCGUUGAUAAAUAUUAAUGUUGAUUAUAAAAUUAUCACUGUCGAAUCAUUUUUUCGCCAGGCGACGAUGUUAAGGCACCAGCCGACGUAGCCGAAUGGCAAUCGUCGACGCCAGACGCCGACACAAAUGCAGGCUUGUUCUGUCGUGCCAAUACGCAAAAGCGAUAGAAAGUAAUACGAAACAGAUAUUAUCGUGAGCGUUUGUGCAUUUCGCUACGUACGUGUUUCAGGUCUUUCUGCUAGCAAACUUCAAAAUCCACCGUCAUGCAGAAAACCCUCAUUGACAAAAUACGUUUUGGAGCACGAGAUUUGACAUUUUGCCUAAGCAAGUCAGCGUCAGGACAAUUGGCUAUCUUAACAGCAUUUGCAGGGGAGCACAAAAACAGCAUUGCCUAUUAGGAAUCUCUUCCACUAAAGAUAAAAGGAUUCCUAGAAGUCUACGUUUGGUCCCUGUCUAAAUAGCAAAUGCUACAUAAAAAUGUGACAAUCAAUUGUUUUUAUCCAAAGAACAUGGCGCGGAGCUUUUGGAUUGGCUUAAUUCAAUAUUUAAAGAUAUAGUUCGUAUAGUAUUCGUUAUUUAAUAUUUGAAAAAUAUUUCAAUUUAUUUAGUAUAUGACUAAUUGACUAUGCCCAAAUGGUAUGUGUGGUUUUAAUUUACCUAAUUUGGUUACGAAAAUUAUGUUGUGUAGGUAUGUAAGUAUAAUGUCUAAUAUUACGAGAAAAAUAUGUAAAUUUGAUCAUAAUGUUAUGUGCAUUUAAAAUAACUGGCCUUCAAAGCAUAAAUGGGAUUUAUAAUUAAUUUCAUUAAAACUAUCAAGAUUGUUAAUUCUUAAAAAAAGUAAAUGGCUGAAAGAUUGCGUAGUCAAAAUUAUCAUUAGGUACACGGAGAGUAAAUACUUAAAGUAGGUAGUUUAACUGAAGGUAUAUAUGUAGUUACUUUGUUUACAUUGAUUAUUUAUCCAAAAAACAUGUG